AACUCACUUUUUUUCUCAACCGCUAUAAUGUCUAAAGUCUUCAUUACCGGUGUCAAUGGGUAUAUCGCCCAGCAUUUGUUGGCUCAGUUGCUUGAAAAAGGUUACUCAGUGGUGGGUACCGUUAGAUCCGAAGAAAAGGGCCAAGAAUUGAAGAAAAGCUUCCCACCCCUUGAAUAUGAAGUGGUUCCCGACAUCGCUGAGCCAGGAGCAUUUGAUAAGGCGUUGCAGAAACACCAUGAUAUCGUGGGUUUCUUCCAUAAUGCCUCCCCACUCAUCUUGGAGAGUGACGAUAUCGAAAACGUCAUUAUUGUUCCUGCCAUUGCCGGAACUUUGAAUGCCCUUGAGGCUGUAAAGAAGUAUGCCCCGCUAGUGAAGAGAUUCGUGUUUACGUCCUCCAAUGCCGCUAUCGUCUCUCCCACAGAUGGAAAGGACUCGGUGGUCACUGAAGAAUCGUGGUGUAAUCUCGGUAGAAAUGACGGUGCCACUGGUUUGAUGGGAUACAAGAUCUCCAAGACGUUCGCUGAGAGGGCCGUAUGGGACUUUGUGGAGAAGGAAAAGCCUAAUUUCACCUUCAACGUGGUGCACCCUACUUUUGUGUUUGGUCCACAAGCAGUUGCUUCCAAUGCCAAACUUCCAUUGAACCACAGCGCCAACUUUGUGGGAAAACUUAUCAAGUUGAACAGUGAUGAUCCACUUCCUCCGCUGGCGGGAGCCUUCAUCGAUGUGAGAGACGUUGCAAAAGCUCAUAUCUUCGCUUUUGAAACCGAGCUCACCAAGCUUCGUUUGUAUAUGUAUGAUGUCAAGUUCAACACCCAGAGGUUGGUUGAUAUCAUUCGUGCAAACUUCCCACAACUCAGUUAUCUCCCUAAGGGAGAUGCUUCAAAGGUUGCGGAGUACGGUAAUUUGCCUCAGAUUCAAAACGAAAAAACCAGGUCUCUUGUAGGUCCUUUCAUCAGCUUGAAACAGUCGGUUAUCGACACCAUCCAGCAGUUAAUUGACCAGCACCCCGAGUAUGUGGCUUCAUAGACUAUAUAAACGAAUGCGCACAGUUGUGUGAGACUCGCAGAACCCU